AUGGGUUACGAAAGUAAAUUGGUGGGCCCAGCCUUAAAAAUAAGAUCUUUCUUAGAUAAAUUUCCUAAUGUUCACAACAUUUAUGUUAUCGCUUGUGUAACAUGUUCAGCCGGUUUGCUUUUCGGGUUCGAUAUUUCGUCCAUGUCAGCUUUUAUCGGUACUUCUCAAUAUAGAGAAUACUUUGAUGCUCCAGAUUCUUCUUUGCAAGGGGUAAUUACUGCAUCUAUGGCUAUAGGAUCUAUCGUGGGAGCUUUAGCUUCAUCUUUUGUUUCAGAACCUUUGGGUAGAAGACCUUCAUUAAUUGUUUGUGGUCUUUUAUGGUCUGUAGGGGCUAUAAUUCAAGCAUCCACUCAUGGUGUUGGUCAAUUGAUCGGAGGUAGAAUUGUUUCUGGUCUCGGUGUUGGUUUUGGUACUUCCUCAGCUCCCGUUUUAUCGGCAGAAUUAUGUCCUAGACGUAUCAGAGGUGUUAUUGGUGGUUCUUUCCAAUUGGCUGUUACCAUUGGUAUCAUGGUUAUGUUUUAUAUUUCUUAUGGAUGUGCUCAAAUUGACGGUACUGCUUCAUUUAGAGUUGCAUGGGCUUUACAAAUUGUUCCAGGGGUAUUAUUGAUUUUAGGUUCUAUCUUUAUUGUCCCUGAAUCCCCAAGAUGGUUGGCCAAACAUGGAUAUUGGGAAGAUGCCGAAGAAAUUGUAGCUAAGAUAUUCGCUAAAGGAAACAGAGAAGAUCCUGAUGUUUUAAUUGAGAUUUCCGAAAUCAAAGAACAAAUCUUAACUGAUAAAGAUGCCAAAGCUUUUACUUAUGCUGAUUUAUUUACUAAGAAGUAUUUACCAAGAACCAUUACCGGUAUGUUUGCACAAAUCUGGCAACAAAUGACUGGUAUGAAUGUUAUGAUGUAUUAUAUUGUAUACAUUUUCCAAAUGGCAGGUUACAAAGGUAAUCAAUUAUUGGUUUCUUCUUCAAUUCAAUAUGUUUUGUUCGUUGUUGCAACUGUUCCAUCCUUGUUUUUGUUAGAUAAGUUAGGUAGAAGACCAGUGUUAUUAACUGGAGCUGUAGCCAUGAUGACCUUACAUUUUGCUGUAGCAGGUAUUUUAGCAACAUACGGUAAACCAGUUGAUAACAUUGAUGGUGAUGAUACCUUAAGAAUUGAAAUCCCACAAGAUCAAUCAUCAGCCGCAAAAGGUGUUAUUGCAUGUUGUUACUUAUUCGUUAUUUCCUUUGGUAUGUCAUGGGGAACUGGUAUUUGGUUAUAUUGUUCUGAAAUCUAUGGAGAUUCUGCUUCCAGACAAAGAGGUGCUGCUGUUUCAACUGCUUGUAAUUGGAUUUUCAAUACUGCUUUGGCCCUUUUUGUUCCUUCGGCUUUCAAAAAUAUUACCUGGAAAAGUUAUAUCAUUUUUGGGGUAUUCUGUGCUGCCAAGUUUAUCCACGUAUUCUUCUUCUUCCCAGAAACUAAAGGAAAGAGAUUAGAAGAAAUUGGUAUGAUGUGGGAUGAAAAAGUUCCUGCUUGGAGAUCAUCCAAAUGGGAACCUAAUGUUCCUGUUUUGGGUGACGAUGAUUUGGAAAAGGAAAGAAUUGAACAUUAUGAAGGUUCAGGUUCUAGUGACGAAGGUCAUUAA